AUGGAUACUUCUGAACCAUCACAAGAGCAAGAUCAGAGAUCAGGUACUCCCCAACCUCAGUCGCAACCCCAACAGCAACAGCCGAGGAAUUCACACUUGUCAUUUCCGCGGCUGCUGGGGAAGCCAAGUAUCCCCCACGCAAGGCAACAUCACCAUCACCAACACCACCAGCAUGGUUGUGGCUCAUUUCGCGCACAGCCACAACAACCUAUUCGACGAUCUACGCAAUCAAUUGAUGAGCCCAAAACACCCCUCACUGCUAUUCCUACAGCUGCUGCUCCCGCUGUUCCUACAAAUGCUGCUUCUGCUGCUUCUGCUCCCGCUGCUGCUUCUGCUUCUGCUCCCGCUGCUUCUUCUCAUGGAACGUUUUCUAAUUUCCAAAUUCCCAGCGAUAUACUAAAGAACCUAACUCCAAUUAUCAAGUCACCGCCCAGAGACAAGACUAUACAUAAUACAAGAAGAAAGACGUUUGUGCGCAAUGUUCAAUUAAGAUUGAAUGCUCAAAAUAACAAAGUUGACAAGCAAAUUAGACGUGUCAAGCAAGAACAAAUGAAGUUGAUUCAACUUCAAUCUGAAAAGCUAAACAACCAAUUGGAAAAUGCAAGGUAUAGGCGAAGAGAGUAUCUUGAUUCAAUUCGGGAAAAAGCCGUGAAAUGUAUAAGUAACAGGUGUCAAGGUUCCAUCAAAAAGGAAGCUGAAAACUUGUUAAUCUUUCAUCUUGAAAAUUCUGCUGGCCAUCAUUCAGAUUGGAAACGGGUGAAGCGGAUUUGUCAGAUUAUGCCAUGCAUUGUGCCCUUUAUCAGAUCCCUACAGAACCGAGCAAAAGAGUAUAUCUUUAUCAAGCACACAAAGUUUAUCAAACAAGCAUUAUUUUUGACCAAAUUCGAGGAAAUGUCAUUUGGCCAAGUAUUGACUAGUCUUAAUUCAGAGUCAAGUAUUAAAAUCAGUCUCUGCUAUAUCUUGCAGUACUUGAGGAUUACACGAAACCCAUACGAAACAAGGUCAUUUCUUUACUGCUUCAUUAUGAUUUCUGACUUUAAAGAUUGCAUGGAGAAUGGUCCCAACCAUCCUGGUUUCAAUUGUAACUACUCCACUUUUAAAUCUCAAAACGGUAAUGGUGGUGGUGGUGGUGGUAGUGAUGGUGAUAAAAUCAGCUUUUUUAAUAAUUGCGUUUGGGUUAUGCUUUAUAAGAUUUGUAAUUGCAUGAUUGAAGAGUUUAAGGUUGUGGUUGAUUUGAAAUGUGUCACCUCCAAAUUUAACGACUUUUGGAAAGAUUUCAAAUUCAUAUUUAGAAUUUUUAAAUGGAAUCACUUAAAGGGGGUAAAAAGUCUACUAUAUGAGUCUAUAUCUAUUGCGGAUGAGCAAUUGCUGAUUUUGCAAAAUAAUGAAGAAGAUGAUGAUCAAGAGAGUUUGGCUUUUAUAAACCAACAACGUGCGAAAUUGAACUUGGAAUUAUCGCUAUUGAAUAGAUACAAUGUUCAAAACUUGAAACAGUUUAACGAAUUGGAUAAAGUUGUUGAGUUUACCAAUUCAAUGAGUCGGUAUAUUGACGACUUGUAUUUGCAAUUACCUGAAUCCACUGUUCCCAGUUUUAUACAAAACAAACCAAAUUUCAUUUGCUUUGACACUAGAAAAUUUUACAUUCCUGAGAUGUUUCCAGUGGAUAAGUGGAGAAGCUAUUGGAUAACUCUAUAUUUUCACGAGUACCAAAAUAAACGGACGUUUCCAAAAAAGUUGAAGAGCGGUUAUUUGGGAGAAGUGGAGCCGUCAACUAAGAGAAAUCUAGAUUAUAUUGCACUUGUUGAUUCUAUACUAGACAUUGAUACACUAGACUUGAGUAAGGUGUUUGAGUACCUUUACGAUUUUUACUUGGAGUUUUCAAAUUCGAUUCAUUCGUUACCACAUAUUAGUAACUCAAUAAAGGACAUUUACAAAAUUGAAAAAUUGAUUAGUCAUUACAGUGACACCAACAUAGGCAAACUAUUUCAGUUUGAUGGCAAGAUGGAUGCACAAGAUCCAACUCACAUAAAGUACCAUGUUAUAACCCAAUGGGUCAAAAAGUGUCAAUUUGAUAAGUUGGACGACUUUACAAUAUUUGAAAACCUUUACCUUGUGGUUUCUAGUGACAAUUUCAAGAAUCUAAGGUAUUCGAUAUUCACCCAGAACCCUAAUUUGCUAUUCCCCAACUUUUACAAGGUGUUAAUGCAAAUGGGACUAUACAAUGUCCUGUUUGAUGAUGAGCAGCAGGUGAAGAAUAUUAUCAAUGCAUCAAUCAAAACUCGUAUCAAACAAUUGUUUACCAAGAAAUCAUAUCAUAUCGCAAGAGCAGCCAAUUUUUUCAACCAUGUAUUCAAUUAUAUGAUAAUAUAUCAAACCACGCAACCAAAUGAACUCAAUUCUAAUUUCAAGUUGCAGUUUGACACUUUUUCUCAAAGAUUGAAUAAAUUGAUUGAUUUGAAUUGUUUAGCAGUGAUGUAUCGAGCCUUUACAGGUGUAGAGAUGUCUCGACCUACAUUACAAGCAGCUUAUGCAUCUCUUGACAAUUUAUCUGAUAAACAUUUUAUUGCAUACUUUAAAACUCAUUCAUCUUCAAUAAGGCUGUUACUUUGUAAGAAAUGGCUCGAUGCUAUGGGGAAAGAAGAUGGUAUUAGUGAAGUAUUGGACAUUUUCAAGCAUUGUUUUUAUUAUUUGCAAGAAGCUGAGAUGUUAUCAAGAGAGAUUUCACAAUUUAAUUCUUUUUUGUAUUUGCUUUAUCGGCCUAUUUUGAAUUGGAUAUAUGAGGAUAUAGGAAUGAGCUAG